AUGCCGCCAAAGACCAUGCCUGAGCUGUCCGGGCUCGGCGACACCAGUGACGCGUCCGCCUUCCUGUCGUCGACGUGGGCGUCGUCCGGCGGGGGGAUCCCGACCGACCCUUACCAUCACGGCCUCCACGCACACCUGAGGCCUCGCUCGGCACCCAAGAACCUCUCGCGCACGUCGAACCCGUUCACCGGGCUUUGGAACAGGAAAGGGCACCAGCACCAGCACGGGCACCAGCACCAGCACCAGUCGCACCAGGAUGACGUCCCUGUGGGGAUGCUUGGCGACGCCGGCAUGGACUCGGGCGUCUCGUGGAAGCGAAUCAGCGACGACGGGACGGCGGUCGAGGCCCACGAGGGCAGGACGACACCGCCGCGGUCUGCUUCCGGGGCGCCAAAUGGCUUGAAGGAUGCGAAGGAGCCGGCCAACACAUCGGAGGGCGGAGGACCGCCACCACUGACGCGCGAGGAAUAUGAGGCACUACCCCUGGCAAUCCAGCGAAAGUACUUCUCCACGCUGGAACGUCUUCGUUUUGCACAGGAGUCUACCGACGUGGACGACAUCUACAACCACUACGACGACAUCACAACCCACAAGAGCAAGCGCCGGAGGCACAUCUCCAAACGCAGCGCCCCAGAUCCCUUCGCAAUCCGCGACUCCCCGUCCACGGCCGUGUCAGACUCGUCCUGGUUCUUGAACCACCCAGACAAGGCCAGGAAAACCCAACUGUCCCGCCAGGAGCAGUGUGAACUGGUCAGGCACCUGCGCGCCAGUGUCAUCCUGGACGCCGCGGACGAGGCCAUCUACAAGCUCCGCCACAAGACUAGCAACCUGAACCUGACGCCCACGCCGGAAAUCGACUGCUCCACGAGCACCCUGUCAACCAGGCGUGGGAGCUUUGAUUCGCUGACAGAGGCAAUGGCCCAGUCCCACGCCGCCGGCCGGGAGGACCCCGCGCGAGAGAGCCUGUACGAGAGCUUCAGGUGGCUGGAUGAGGAGGAGGACCUGGACCUCCGCCUCUUCCUGGACGACUACCACGCGAACCUGCGGGAGGAGCUCCCGCAUGCGGCCAAGAGCAGGCGGCCGUCCUUCCGGCGCCACCUGUCAAUAUCCAUGCGCCCGUUUGGUCAACCAGCCGUAUCCGGCAGCCAGUCAGAGCCGAGGGACAGUGACACGGCACCAAGCUCCCCGCCCAAUAUUACAACCCUUCCACAACAUCAGCAGCAGCCAAGCGGCACACACCAUGCCCAACGGUUGUCUCGCACCCUGUCACUCAUGAACCCGCGGCAGCAGCACGUGCGGUCAGGAUCCCUUACAGGCAUAGACCCUGGCGCGGCCCACUACCAAGACCCCGAAGCCCGGCUCAAGCUCCGGGUGUACCUGGCGUCCCCACAAAAGUUCGACGAGGCCAUUGAGUUCGGCUUCCCGGCGACAGACUCGGUACAGGCCCCUCCAACCCUGUCGAACCGGCGCUCCAUGGUCAGGAAACGUCAGUCGCGGCUGCAGCUGAAGGACGACUCGGCCGACCACAUGCGGUCCUUCCUGGACGACGGCGACGACGACGACCUGAGCGACGACGACGAUGACGACGACGACGACGCAAGCAGCAUCUCAGACCCGGACUCGCCCAGGACCCCCCACAUGGGUGGCCUGACGCCUCCCCCCGGCCACCACCGCCCGACAAGGGUCCUGACAGACCCGCUACAGUCAGCCCAGCGGGGCGGCCUGGCGGUGCGGGAGCCCAACGACGCGUACGCGCAGAUCCCGGCCAACUCGAGAGAGAUGACCCUGCGGAUGACCCUGACAAGACCCGAUCUGAGGGCCGACGACGAGCAAAUCUACGGGUGGCAGGCCGCGCAGCAGGCCGCCUACCUGCCGGCCACCGGGAGGAAGAGCCAGCAGUCCAACACCACGAGGGCAGAGGAGCAGUCGCAACAGAACCCAUCGGCGUCACAGCAGCAGGGCCCGAGUUACAUGUCCCAGGGCCGGACGCCCAAGGAGAGCAUCGAGGCCAUCCUGACGGGGACCGACCACUGGAGCCCCGAUGUGGCGGCCGGCGGCGACCGGGGGUUCAUGAAGAGGAUAUUCAACCGCGUCAGGAGGGCCUAG